AUGGGCGGAUGGAAGUUGGAAACGGGCCGAUUUCUGAUGCUCAUCACCUUCCCCGUCGGCGCCUUUUGGCUCUUCAAUCAGCCGACCAUUUUCAAAAAUUUUGUAAGGUUGCUCCCUAAAACUUUGAACAUUUUCCGAUUUUUUCAGAUGAAAGGCUACAGAAUUCCGGAUAGUAGCGAUGGGGACAAAGCGAUGGCAGAGUUUAAGGUAAAAAUGUUCAUUUUCGACGUGAGCGUGUCUGCGGAGAAUACGCCAGACCUGACACAAAAUGCUGUGGAAAAUGCAAAGUUUCAUUUUUUCAGGAACAAUUGCUGGCGAACAAGCGGAAGGAAGAGUACGAGAACUUUCUCCGCGAGCAAAUGGCGUUCGAGCAGGCGAGAAAAAUUCGAGCCGCCAAUAAUAUUUGA